AGCAUUAUCCAUAUCAAAGCAUUGUCUGAAAUCCGACAGCAACGGAAAAUCCCCAGACAUGGCUCUUCUCUACCAUUUCAACACUGUUUCUUUGUAUUCCAAAAAAUUAUCUGUAAAAAACCCACCAAAGUCCCCUCUUUGCUUCAUUAAACCCCACUCUUCUUUGAACUAUCAUACGCCCAAGGUUCUUGAGGAGAAACUCGAAAAGCGUUCUUUUUCUUUGGGAGAAACAUUGUCCAAGGCUAGCUUGCUUGCCCUUGUUUCUGCUUCUGUUUUCUUGGUAGACCCUGCACUUGCUUUCAAGGGAGGAGGGCCUUAUGGAUCUGAAGUAACAAGAGGACAAGACUUAACCGGCAAAGAUUUUAGUGGCAAGACAUUGAUCAAGCAAGAUUUCAAGACAUCCAUACUUCGACAAGCCAAUUUCAAAGGCGCGAAAUUGCUCGGUGCUAGCUUCUUCGAUGCCGAUUUGACAGGAGCCGACCUUUCCGAAGCUGAUCUUAGGGGAGCAGAUUUUUCUCUGGCAAAUGUAACAAAGGCAAAUUUAAGCGACGCAAACUUGGAAGGCGCACUUGCAACAGGAAACACGUCUUUCAAAGGAUCAAAUAUAACAGGUGCCGAUUUCACAGACGUACCAUUGCGAGAUGAUCAACGUGAAUAUCUUUGCAAAGUUGCAGACGGGGUGAAUCCGACCACCGGAAACGCAACACGGGACACAUUGCUUUGCAACUAGAUGAAAUAUCGAGAAAUUGACACUGCAGCGGGUGUUAUUCGAGGUUUAUAAAUAUUUUGCUGU